UCCCCUUUAAGGGGCGGGGCCGGUGGAGAGGAUGCUGUCGGUGUCUGUCCGCCCGCUGCUCCGCGGAUCCAGGCAGUAUCACCUGGCACUCAGCACUCCCCUUACGCAUCCACUUAAAGGUGUGAGGAGUCCGGACGCUUGUGGAAAACUUCACCCUCAAGAGGUUGAGAUCAGUAAGCUCCGUAACGGACUGAUUGUCGCUGCCCUGGAGAAUUACAGCCCAGUGGCCAAAGUGGGCAUUUUUCUGAAGGCCGGGAGCCGAUACGAAGUCGCUGGCAAUUUGGGCAUCACUCAUUGCCUCAGGGUGGCAGCCAACAUGACCUCCAACAGAGCCAGUCCAUUCAAACUGUCCCGUGUGAUUGAAGCUGUUGGGGGAAACUUAUGGGUGACUUCGACGAGGGACGUGAUGCUGUACACUGUGGGAUGUAUGCGCGACUCUAUCGACGACCUGCUGCAGUACCUCAGCGCGAUAGUCUUAUCACCAGAGUUCAGACCCUGGGAGGUGGCCAGCACCAGAGAUCGCCUGAAAGUAGAGAAAGUGAUAGCAUACCAUCGGCCACAGAUAAGAGUAUUGGAGAAUCUCCACGCAGCAGCCUACCGUAAUACACUGUGCAACUCGCUGUACUGCCCUGACUUCAUGCUGGGCCAGUUCACCCAUGAGAAGCUGCAUGAAUAUGUCAAGAAGCAUUUCUGUGUUGGACAGAUGGCAGUAGUGGGAAUAGGGAUGACUAUCAGCCAGCUGACAAAGGCAGCCGAGGAACUAUUUGGGAAGAGGACUGGAUAUGGUCAAGCUGGGCCCCAUGCCCUGUAUGGUGGAGGUGAGCACCGCGAGGGCACCUUUGAGCCGCUGGUGCACGCGGCCGUGGUCUGUAAAGGUGAAGCUCUGAGCUCGCCUGAGUCACUGGCGUUUGCCACACUGCAGCAGGUGCUGGGAGUGGGGGCCCACGUCAAGAGAGGAAGCGACAUGACCAGCACAUUAACCCGGGCCAUCAGCAAGGGUACAGCCCAACCCUUCACUGCCUCUGGCUUCAAUGUGUGCUACCAAGACUCUGGGCUGUUUGGGGUCUACACCGUCUCUCAGGCUGAGACGGCAGCGGAUGUUAUCCAUGCUGCUGUGUCUCACGUCAAACAUGUGGCUGAUGGCAAGAUAAGUGAGGAAGACAUCGAGAGAGGAAAGAAUCAGUUGAUAGUGUGCAAUCUGAUGGCAAUGGAAACACUUGAUACCCUACUGGAGGAGAUGGGCCUGCAGAUUCUCACAACUGGGACCUACAUCUCACCUGUAUCUGCUGUCGACCAGAUCAAAGAGAUUAGUAAGAAGGAUGUGGUAAAAGCAGCCGAGAAAUUUGCUUCAGGCACUAAGUCGAUGGCAGUCAGUGGCAGACUCAUCAACAUACCCUUCCUGGAUGAACUUUAACAGGGGUAUCACCUUUCACAAUCUUUCAUUGUUUGACCGUUAAUCUUCCAAAGGCAUUUGAUGGAAGGAUAUGUUACCCUUUGUUGACAUUGGAUGUUGUUUGAUGUUGAAUGUUGCAUGUUCAUUGCAUAAUAUUUUGUUUCGGAAGACUCUCUGGUUUUGUUUUCU